AUGGGCCACAGUGAUCCUUCUAAAGGGGGUUUCCCCUAUCCUACGAAGGGUGUUAUCUUCCCUGAUCCACCAUGGGAGGCCGACUUUGAUGGUAUGGCGAGGAGAUCCCUUGCAAGUGGGUUUGAUGAGGAUGGUGACUACGAGAUGCAGGACGCAGGGUACUUGGAUGAUGACGAAAAUUUAGACGAAACGACCGUUGGGGAAGGCAUUGGGAAGGUGGCUAGGGUUGAGGAGACAAAGGGCACAGCAAUCAAAGGUUCCGUCCCAGAUCCCGGGACAGCAACAUUCGGAAUCGAGCUCGAGUUUCUAGUGGUGCAGUGCCCGAAAACGAAAAAGGACGAUGGAAAAACAUUUCACAUCACGGAUCCACACCCAAACGAACCCCGGUAUUCCUCGAAGAAGAUGGCGGAAUGGUCACUGAAGCAUUGGCAAGAAAGACAAAAGAGUGGUGAAAUUUUCGAAUGGUUCCGCGGACGUAACGGUGCCUACGCCGAUGGAUAUGAUUUCGGUGGGGAUGGGGAUUUUCGGCGGGCACGGUAUUCGAGGACGAAAUUGACUCGCGUGCUGAGAGACAGAGGACUGGUAGUAAUCAAGUGGCCCGAGAAAGACAUAAAUCCACAAGAAAAAUAUGCUCGCGGAGCAUUGAUCAACGACUUCAGCGAAAGCGAAGAUAGUGACGACGAGCGGGAGUACGAUUAUUCCAAUAGUUCUCGACUUGUCAACUUCUCUAGCGUCUACGAUUGGGUUCUCGUUAGAGGCGUAGAUGAAAACAUGGAUGAAGCUGUGACCAAAUGGAACGAUGAUUUUGACCAAUACCACAUUGAUAACGAUAUAAAUAAGCACAGGACACGGGCUGAGGACAUCGAGGACAUGCUCGAAGACAGAAAAUUCACAGUGCGUGGGUGGCCGGAUCCCGAAGAAGCCAUACACCAGGAACUUUGGGCCAGACUGAAAGAGAGGUUAGUAGGCAAGCUGUACUACUAUAAGCAGGCUAGAGAAGACUGGCGCAACCACCAGACCGACCCGCUGCAUGUGCCUGUCCCGGGACUCAAGAGACAAUACAAGGCUUGGACCGUCACAAUCGACCUGUCGGUAGACGGCAAUGGUAUGACCAAGGAGAGAUACGCGAACGCGACGAGUGAGGACCCUUGGAACGAGUAUUUCUGGUUUGGAGCCGAGGUUGUCAGCCCCGUGCUUGCCAUAGGAGACGAGCGAUCCUAUGAGGCUGUUAGAGUCGCCUGUGGUGCACUUCGCGAUGCGCUGCGCUGUCACAAGCCCAUGGAGGUCUCUACAGGCUUGCAUGUACACCUGGGCCAUACGCACGGGUGGACGCUCUUGCAGGCUAAGAGGUUUGCGGCCCUUUGGUUGUUGGCAGAGAAGGCCGUUCUCCGGUUACACAGACGGGACCGUGAUGCGGACACGUUGUGGUGUGCAAAAAUUAGUGGAAGUUCUCGUCUAUGGCGUGCUCUGUUCUCGAUUGACCAGCAACAGCGGCAAGAUUGUGCAAACGUGUUGCCGGCCAAUCACCCGCCACGUCAGCGAAUGCAAUAUGAUGGGGAGUUGAUGCAGAAUGUGCCGUCAGAGAACAUUGAGACGGUCGAGAAAAAGUUCCUACAAAAUCUCUGGCGGUACGACAGCAUCACUGAUCUGCACAGAGGGCUCGGGGAAAGUAAGUACUGCAGAACGGGCAUCAAGUGGCGGAUCAGGGGGAAGGAUAUUUCAACUGAAAGAGCGCCGCGGGGCGAUGACCAGCCGGGGACUAUAGAGGCGCGUAUCAUGCAUGGUACGCUGGAUGCCGAUAACAUCAACAACUGGGUUAUCGUGUUGGGGCGUAUUGUUCACGUGGUCCGGGACUACUCGGACGCUGAAUUCCGAGCGUUCCUGGCCAGUUUCUUGUUGUCGAGAUCACCUGGUCAGCUCCUUGUGUUACUCAAAGUGCCGGAUGAAGUGCUCCGGUAUUGGAUGGACCCGAAGAGACGGGAUACGCAAGGCAGGUACUGGGAAUACCCUGACCGCGAUCUGGUUGACUGGCAACAACCAUUCAUGGUACCCGGCCAUAAAGCCACGCAUGGUUCAUAUUGGGAUUGA